CUUCUCCCUCUCGGCCCCAGUACCGUGUUCAACGACUUGCGCCUACACCAGCACCAGCACCAGCAUCUGCAUCUGCAUCUGCACCUGCAGCACCGCGUGCAUAGCAUAGCAUAGCCUAGCAGUAACAGUAGCAGCAGCCUGCUAUGGAGAAAUACGGCCAGUACAGGGAUAAAGGUUCGGGCAUCGCUCCCUUCUUCCCCGUCGCUCCUCCGCCCAGCAACCCGCUGGUCGCGCCGUAUCACGUGUUCCUCUUCUUCCUGAGGCUGCCCUUCUUCAUCUUCGCCUGGGCCGUCUGGUUGCUCAUCGUCCAGUGGACUCCACCGGGAAGCAUCCUCCGCAAAGCCAAUUUGUGGUGCAUCAUUGGCAUCCCGGGCAUCUGGUUCGUGGAUAUUCGCGUGGAUGGUGUCCAGCGAGGAUCCUUGGGCAAGACAAUUGCCAAGCUUCCCACUCCUGGAUCCGUCAUCGCAUCUUCCUUCACUUCUCCCGUCGACAUCGUGUAUCUGGCUGCCAUCUUCGACCCCAUCUUUGUGCAAAGUUUUCCCAGAUCUCGAAAAGUGAAGCAGCUCUCCCUGGGCGCCGCAGUACUGUCGUGCUUCACUCUCGACCCAUCACCAGAAGGCAGCAUCGAGCUCUCACGUCUCAUGGUAGCCAACCCGAGCAGGACUGUGGUUGUCUUCCCAGAAGCGACCACGAGUAAUGGUCGAGGCAUCCUGCGACCCACGCCGUCAUUACUCUCGGCCGGACGAUCUACCAGUAUCUUUCCAGUAUCUCUGAAGUAUACCCCCUCCGACAUUGUCACGCCGAUUCCAGGCUGGAUUGAAGUUCCGCGCUUUCUGUGGAAACUCAGCUCGAGACAGACGCAUUGCAUCCGCGUGCGAGUGGGCCUACCUCUGACCAUUGCUCAAGUGCAGCGAGACGAGGAUGGCAGCAGGGAAGCAAGGCCGCGCCAGCAGAAUGGGUAUGACACUAACUACUUCGACAGCUUGAAAGCGGCGGAAGCAACAAAGACAGACGGAGAGCCGACGCCUGCAGAGCAAAAGGUGCUCGAUGUCAUUGUCGACCAGCUCGCUCGCCUGGGGCGGGUCAAGACGUUGGGUCUCGGUCUCGAUGAGAAGAUUGAUUUUGUCAACGCAUGGACAGGCAAGACCAAGUCCAAGAAACGGAGAUAGAAUGGCCGUUUCAUCAAUCGGAGCACGAACACCCCGCUGGCGCUGAGAGCCUCAUAUCUCGAGUACAUUUCAGCCUCAGCUUCGAAAUAAUCACGAAAACUACCCUGAUACUGGUUCUGCCAUGGAGUUGCUGGUUGACAGACCACGCCACGCAAUCGCUUAUGAGCACUUGAGAAAAAUCCACCAGGAUACGUUCCUCUCACACCAGCCCUGCUCGUCGGACUUUUGCAUCAGGUACUCAUGGAUCGACGCUGCCAUUUACUAGCCACCGCCGGUGACCCGUGACUCCAUCCUCGUUGAUAGGCCUACUGCCAGCAUGGGACUGCUAGCACUGUAGCGUAGACUAUUUUGAUUCGUGCAUAUUGAAAUCUCUCAAGUAAGAUAGUCAGUGAGGUUCCCACCACGAUUGAAGUACGCGUUCUGAGCAGGGACGGGAGAUGAGCCGUAUUGGGGGAACAGGAUGCCUGAGAGGCUCACUUGCUUAAACACCAGAUUCAAAGCGGGAAACCUCAGCGAUAUGGAUUGCGUAUCAAAGGUCCGCGAACGCUAUUCACAGUGGCACCGGAUGCUUCGUGAAUACUGUUAUCGUGAAGAUUGGAUAGGUAUACAUUAUAGCACACCUCGAGCGAGCAUUCAGUUCUGUCUACACAGCAGACCAUCCGUUACAUACUCCGCGUUGCUGGAACAUGAUGAGUGAAGUUGAGGCGGGAAUGUGCCGAUGCGAGUUGUCCUCGUGUUGAUAAAACUUCAGCGAUGGAAGUAAUUUUUGUUGAUAACUACAUGUAGGUUUGAUAGUCUGGCUUCUGGCCUGCCUCGCUAGGAGGUAUAGCUCAUUAGCGGACAGCAUACCCACCUGUGGCGUAGAAUCCAUCAUGAUCAUGAUCAUCAUAAUCAUCGUGUCCGACAAAACACUCGUACUGAACUUCAAGCCCUGAAUACUCGCACCUUCUGACGAAUCUGCUUGCGGCAGACGGGACAUGCCGCAGCUCGUCGUGGUCGCGUCCUAUCGUGUGCCAUGGUAGGAGAAUGCUGAUCGCUGCACCACUGGCACAUGACCAAAUGCCCGCAAGGCAGGCAGGCCAUGUCCGCGAGCUGGGAAUAGCACACUUGACAAUCAAGCCUCACCGUCAAUUGCUCGUCGGAAGCCGGGUCCGCAGGUCGACCGGUAUCUUUCGCAUCGAGACCUUUUGCAUCUUCAUCUGUUUCUGGUUCCGAGUCCGUCUCGGAGUGCGUAGAUGGGAAGAGGUCAACACCGAGGGGACGAUAGCGGACUCUGAGGGCUUCUGGUGCGCCAUUUUCCUGCAGACGCGCAUGCGCCGCCCGAGAGGCCUCGUCUCGGUUGCUCAGUCGCUCGAGAAGUUCAGCAGGGCUGGAACGCAUGGCGAUUCUGCCAGCGGCUAGAGCAAGUGCAUGCGUAGCUCGUCGUCGUGCAUCCAGUUCUCCGCGGGAAUGAUCUCCCUCGCGUGCCGUCUGCUGACGGAUCCGGUUGGAUUCCGCUGUGAGAGCAUCGACUUCACGGUUGUACUGAAGAUCAUGCACGUGCUUGGCACGACUGUACGUUGACUCCGAUUGUAGCAUGCGGCAGAGAACUGCUCGAUCUUCGGGUGUGCGCUCUCCUCUCUGCAGUCUGCACAUCAUCUGAAGUUGUUCCGAGGGACCAAUUCCAGCGCAGCGUCUGAGAUGUGCGGACAUCUGGAACACCUCGGCCAUCACUUCGACAUCGUGUAUGACAGUAGAGUCUGAUACAGCCAUCUCGUGCGCCAAUUCGGUAAAUCCAACAGACUCACCUCGUUGACGUCUACGCCGCAUCCGCUCCGCUGGCAAGCCACAGCCCCAUAUGAGGUUGGAGUCUUCGAGCAUCGCUUCAACGUGCUCUCGCUCGUUCCAUGACAGAUUGUUCUCCCGCACCAUGCGCAGAAGACGUUCGACAUAGCUCGUUGUAGGAUUGCCGGCGAGCUGCGAGCGCAGCGACUCACUGCUCGAAAGUGCCGUGAGCACGAAAAGGGCGUCGAGGCCUCGAUCGUUGUUCACCGAAGGCUCUGCGUCGAGUUGCUGACCUGGUGGACCAGCGACGAAGGAGGAACCGCCGCUUGCUAGAGCUGCUGGUAUGUCUCCAGGCAGUUCAGCUCUCUCCGCUUCCGCAGCCUGUACUGCAGCUGUGCUCUGCUCGCUGCUCCAGCCUUGUCGCCGAAGCAAGGUAUAAUACUGCUCCAAGGCAACCUCUUCAUCAUCGAGGGCCAGGUCACUCUCAGCGUCCCGAGCAACGAGCACUUCUGGAGUGCGUAUGCGGGGAAAGGGGUCGCCUGUGUGUUGAGUGACGGUUGGACUCGAUGCGACAGCGCGUUGGGGCACGCCCCAAACAUCUCGCUCUCGCCUUUCCAGCUCUAGCAGCCCUGCAUUCACGCCCUCUCCACCCGACCUUGCUUCAUCCUCCAGCACUUGUCUGAGUGUGCGUUCUUCCCUGCGCACUUGCUCGGCCUCGUGAAACCGCUCGUAGGCCCGGUGAAACAUAUCGCCAAUCGGGCUUUGAUAUGCCUCGCCCUGGGCAGCCAUCUGCUCCCGCGUGCCAAACAGGCGCAUGUAGUUUUCGGCUGUUCGUUGCUCAUUCUGCAGCUGCCGCAUUCGUGACUGCGAAGUCCGGAACUCUCGCUCCGCCUCAUCGAGCUCACUGGCGGCUUGAUCCCGAUUCCGUCUGGCGUCCUCGACGUGCUGUCGCGCUUCGCUGACGCGAUGUUGCAUGUUGAGCAGUACCUGGUCCGAAUGCGUGGCGUCGGUCCGCUCUGUCAGAGCGUUGACACUUGCGAUGGCGCGACUAGCCGCUUCCUGGGAAGGACCACCCGUGAUAUUGUCGAGUGUUUGACCGAGAUCUGUGAGCUGGUUUGAGGCGUCGGAGUGGUCAGGAACCUCUUCCCCCAGGUCUCUCAGUCCUUCGAUGACUCUUUCAAUGCCAUUCCGCAUUCGAUGAAGCUCCCGUCUGAGCGCAGCAAUACGGCGAGCCUGGUACUCUCUAUUCCGUGUGCCCAACGGUACCAUUGCCUGCGCAUGUAUGUUGUUCCGUAUAGCAUCGUCCUGGCCUUCUUGGACAGCACGCUGACCGACGACUGGUGCAUUUUCACCACGGGCUUCACCUCCUUCUGUGCUGGCAGACUCCAGCAACUGAUCGAGCGUCUCUUCAAUCGAUGGCCCGGUAGCCGCGUCUGGAUCCAAUCUCUCACGCGCUUGCAGCUCUCGAAUCGCCGCUUGCCUCUCGUUCUCUUCGGCUUCACUGCGAUCUCGUCCUGCCCUCAGCUCUUCCAGUGUUCGAGGCAGGACACCGGGCGAUACAUCUCGAAAGUCCUCUCCGACAACAGCGACUCGCUCUUCGCUACCAUCGGCAUGCUUGACCAGGCGGUAGCCUUGGUGAAACUCAUACCAGCGAGUCAAGAAGACUCGAAUAUCCGGGACUUGGGGAAUGCGUGUCUGGCUAGGCAACAAGCCACUGACUUCGACUCGAUGCUGCCAGAACUCUUUGCAGAACCAGCAGUAUCGUUGCCAACGAGUGCCUCGCGGCACAUAGCCGAUACCGUCAAUAUAGACGGAGUAGUUGCCUCCGACAGCGUGUGGUCUUUCGUCGGAACAGGCACAACACUUUCCCAAAGAGGACAGUCGAC